CGUGGGCUGCCGCUCACCCGCCAUUGAACGAGUGCCCUCACCCGCGGGUUGGAGGCGGGCCGGACCUCUCGAAAUAUGGGGGUGCGCCAGCGGGACCCUGUCGAGUCAUGUUUCGCCGUCUACGAUCCCUCCCCCCGGGCCCUCUGCUGCGGAGCGGACCUCGAAACGCGCGACUGCGAGGGACAAGUGCAACGCUCCGACUCAGCUCGGCAUCGGUGCCGCUCCUCGCUUAGGCCGGCCGUCAACGGUGGUCCUCCGUGCCCAACAUAACGGAGGGGACGUCCGUGGUGAGGUGCUUCUAGCUGCAGCCCAUGUCAAGGCUGAUACACAUCUCUGUCAAAAACGCUCUGGAGCGGUGU